GUGAAUAUGAAAGCAGCUUCAGUCCUGGCCUCAAUCUCCUACUAGGAAAAUUAAUUUACAAUGGAGUUGAUGCCUGUAAUUUGGCUGCUUGUUUGCACUGAUUUAGUCCUCACAGAGAACGCCAAAGAUCCAGAUUUAGUUUGCCCCUCUGAGCCCAUAGAGGCAGUAAGAAGUAAGGAUGUCGUGCUGCCAUGUCACCUGGAGCCUCCGACGGAUGCUUCAGCAGAAACAGUGAGCUGGAGACAAGGGGAGCAUGUUGUUCACCUUCAUCAAGGAGGAAAGGACCAUCCCUCAGAGCAGGGGGAGAGGUUUAAAGGACGGACAUCUCUUUUCUCUGAAGGGCUGACUGAAGGAAAUCUGUCUCUCACACUGUCCUCAGUAAACGUCCAUGAUGAUGGGAGAUACCAGUGCUCUCUCCACACUGAAUCCCUGAAUAAAAUGUGUUACAUUAAUCUCAGUGUUGAACCGCUCUUAGUCUGCCCCUCUGGGCACAUUGAAGUGACAAGUGAUGACGAUGUUGUCCUGCCAUGCCACCUUGAGCCACCUGUGGAUGCUUCAGGUGAAGCAGUUGAAUGGAGAUGGGGGAACAACACUGUACUCCUUUAUGAAAGAGGAAAAUAUAUUGAUGCAGAGAAAAAAGAUAGAUUUAAAGGACGGACAUUUCUCUUCACCGAAAGGCUGACUGAAGGAAAUCUAUCCCUGAAACUCUUUUCAGUGCCUCUGCGUGACAACGGAACGUACCAGUGUUUCUUUCGAAGUAAAUCACAAGAUAAGAGCUGUUCUGUUAUCCUCACUGUUGAUGAGCCAGAGGUCAUGGGUUCAGAUGAACCGGUCACGGCUGAGGUGGGAGAUGAUGUUAUUCUGCCGUGUCACGUGGAGCCCUCAGCUAACCUGACUAAAUUAACAGUGGAGUGGAGAUGCAACAACUCUAUGGUGCACCUUUACAGAAGUCAGAAAGAUGUGCCAGAAAUGCAAGAUGAGAGAUUCAGAAACAGAACAUCUCUCUUCCAUGAGGAACUAGUUCAUGGUAACGUUUCUCUUAAGCUGACCAACGUAACAAAAGAAGAUGCAGGAAAUUACUCCUGCUACAUUCCCAGAUUGACAAGUAAGGUCAAGAGAGGCAAUGUUACUUUGAAUGUUGUGUCACCAGACCAGUGUACUUGUCCAGAUCCACAUAAAAAAAAGAAGGAUGACGAAUCAUGUCACUACUGGACUCUUGGUCUUGGUCUUGGCAUACCUCUCGUUGUCUGCAUUGUCAUAAUCUUUUUCUUAUGGAAUAAAUAUGUAAAAAAUCGUGGAUUUGCAGAACCAGGAGGAGAGAAUGAUAACCAUGUAGAGAAAGUGACAAACAUUCCUGAAGGGGAAUGACAUAGACCCAUAUAUCUGCCUACAUGUUAUAACAAACAAUAUGUAUUUUAAAUCUGAUAGUAGAAGAAGUGAAAAGAAGUGUCCCUAAAUGCCCAUUUCAUCUUCUAUAAAUUUCCCUGACCUCA